AUGGAGAUCUUCAAUUCUAUUAUGUGCGCCUACGCGGGUUACAAAUCUUCUCGAUACACCUACACCAAAAAUACGAGACGAGAAUUCGACAAUGGCAUGGUGUACUCUGUGGACAAUACGCUGACUGGAUUUGCGCUCCUAAUGCUGGGCUCUUUGGACCGCAAGUCUGUAGAUGUUGGAUCUGGCCUCGUUGGAGCUCCUGCAUGCGGUGACGUCAUCCGUCUCGACAUCCAAGUCGACGAAAAGACCGGCAAAAUCGUCAAAUCGGCCUUCAAGACAUUCGGAUGCGGUAGCGCAAUCGCCUCUAGCUCAUAUCUCACCACACUCCUAGCCGGAAAAACCUUGGAAGAAGCCGGCAAAAUCCAAAACACGCAAAUCGCAAAUGAGCUUUGCUUGCCACCAGUCAAACUUCACUGCUCUCUAUUGGCGGAAGACGCCAUCAAAGCCGCUAUUAAGAAUUAUCAGUCGAAGCGACCGGCGGCCGCAGCUACGAAUUUGGCGGAUACGAGUAAGGCGUUUGAGAGUGUUGCGCAGGCUUAA